AUGCCGGCCACCAUGGGCUCGGGAGUAAAAGUCCCUCGCAAUUUCCGACUGUUGGAAGAACUCGAAGAAGGCCAGAAAGGAGUAGGAGAUGGCACAGUUAGCUGGGGUCUAGAAGAUGACGAAGACAUGACACUUACAAGAUGGACAGGGAUGAUAAUUGGGCCUCCAAGAACAAUUUAUGAAAACCGAAUAUACAGCCUUAAAAUAGAAUGUGGACCUAAAUACCCAGAAGCACCCCCCUUUGUAAGAUUUGUAACAAAAAUUAAUAUGAAUGGAGUUAAUAGUUCUAAUGGAGUGGUGGACCCAAGAGCCAUAUCAGUGCUAGCAAAAUGGCAGAAUUCAUAUAGCAUCAAAGUUGUCCUGCAAGAACUUCGGCGCCUAAUGAUGUCUAAAGAAAAUAUGAAACUCCCUCAGCCGCCUGAAGGACAGUGUUACAGCAAUUAAUCAAAAAGAAAAACCACAGGCCCUCCCCCCAUCCCAUUCAAUUUAAGCAGUCUUCAUUUUCCACAGUAGUAAAUUUUCUAGAUACGUCUUGUAGACCUCAAAGUACUGGAAAAGAAGCUCCCCUUCAAAGGCAUUUUAUCUUAAGAUACUGUAAAUGAUAACUAAUUUUUUGUCCAUUUGAAAUAUAUAAGUUGUGCGAUAACAAAUCAUACUGUCAAGUGUAACCACUGUCCAUGUAGUUGAACUUCUGGGAUCAAGAAAGUAUAUUUAAAUUGGUUCCCAUCAUAACUGGUGGGGCACAUCUAACUCAACUGUGAAGAGACACAUCACACAGUCACCUUGCUGCUGAUUACAUGGCCUGGGGUCUCUGCCUCUCCCCCUUUCCCUCCCCCUACCUUCCUCCUUCCUUCUCCCCCUACAACAGCCCUCCAGAUUGGGGUGGCGUAUUAGAAUAGAUGUGAAGGUUUCAGGUCGCAGCCUGUGGGACUACUGCUGGGUGUGUGUGGGUGCUUCAUCUGCACCCCCCCAGUUUCUUUUUUUAAGUCUUAAAUGACUACCCCCUUCCAAGCCAUCAUCCUCUCCCCACUCUCCACUGCCACCCUUGGCCGAAGAAUAGAUUGUAACCCCCUCUGCUCCCCUCUGAAAUUGGCCUUUGAUGAGGAAUUCUUUCAGGGCUCUCCCCAUAUCUCCUCCCCACCCCCACCCCCCACCCCCAAUUGAGGGGUGCUGCUUUUUCCUUCCUCCUCCUGAAGUCCCUUUCUGCACCUUCACCAUCCAACACUUUCCAUGACACUUCCUUGCUUUGUCCAGAAGCCAUCAGGUAAGGUUGGAAAGAGUCUCUGACCUCCCUUAUUUAGUUUUGGAACCACAUUUCUUUACUCUCCACCAGCCUGGGAAAUGAAAAUUAGGUCCUCAGCCCUGCCACCCUCUGCUGUCAUCGUCAGCUGAUGAAUUUUUUUAGCUCAGGUUUUGAUACAGUGAAAAGAACACUCACCAGGGUUUCUCAGACCUGCCAGCUCUCAAAGUCCUUGGUGGUUAAACUUGGAGAAAGGCCACAUGAAGACACUUGUAAGCACACACAAUCCCUCUGAAUGAAUUGUUUUCUUAUAAUUGCUUUUGCUUUUAAAAAUUGAAGACAUUUAAACAGGGCUCUCAUUUGGUCAUCCUUGCAAUCCAUUUGGGUCUAGUUUGGACUCUGACAACUGGAACAAAAAGAACCUUGAAUUCGGGGCACACUUCGGUUUUGGUGCUGCUGCCUCUGACGAGCCUCAGCAGGGGAACUCGGUGUGCACAGCAGAUCCUGAAAUUGGCGGGCUUGACUUCCUGACAAAUUGCUGCGUUUUCCCACUUUUCUGUUCAGGACCACUAAAUGCUAAAAUUUGGAUGCAUACCGAAAUAAAAGCAAGUCAUUGUGUCCUAAAGGUUUUUUUUUUUUCUUUUCUUUUUUAAUUUAGUAUUUGUGUAAAACCACCUUCCGAAGCAGCAGAUAUCAAGUCUGAAAAACGAUUGAUGUUUCCAUUAAUCUUUUUUUUUCUGGGGAAAGCGUUAGUUCUAAGGAUUUAACAUCCUGUAAGUAAAGUUUAACAGUAUUCCAUAAGCAGCCUUUUUAUUGUCAGACCAUUGCCUGAUUUUAAUAUAAUAAAAAAAAAGUGUGCAUUA